AUGUGGGCGGCCCUGCUAGGCCUCAGCGCCUCGUCUGGCGCGGCCCUCUGGAUCGCCUCCGUGGCUGUGUUCGGCCACCGCCUGCACCAGCCGCUGCACGACCCGGAGGUGCGGUGCCCGCUGCUGCCCGAGCUGGGCGUCGGCCCCCGGAGCGCGCGCGCGCUGUACCGCUGCGGCUCCCUGUGCGCGGCGCUGCUGCUGGCCGUGCAGUCUGCGCUGCACUGGGAGCUGUCGCUGCCACACCUGCCGGGCGGGCAGGCGGGCGAUAACGGCUUCAGCUUCGCGUGUCUUGGGCUGACAGCGGCCACCGGCCUUGCGCUGCAGGGGGUCUUCCUGUGGGACGCCCGCUGGUCGAUGCCGGCCGUGUUGCACCUGCUCGGGCACCUGCUGUUCCUCUUCUCCACCUGGGGCCUACUCGCCGUCGGCUUCGCCCUGUACCUGCCAGAAGCUGACAGGCCGGUCCACUUCAAGUACAACUGGUUGGAUGUUCGCGAGCAGCACUUCCAGGACGCCCAAGAGGCGGCCUCUUCAAGGCUGCUGACCCUUUGGCACAUGCGCGUUCUGCUGGCCCUGCGGCACUGGUUGCUGGCGCGGCUGCCGUGGUUUUCGUGUCUCAUUCCGGUCUGCUAUUGGAUGUGGGAGCGAUGGUGGAUCAAGAUCAAGGAUGCGUCGACCGCCCAGAUGCGAGAAGUCAUUUGCACCAGUCAUUGGCUUAUCAUUCUGAGCCUCGCGGCUCUUCACAUCUCUUUCGGGCCAGAGCUUGCCACGGCCGCGACCCUACCCGCUGCUGUGUAUGCCUAG